AAAAACGUAAAGAAAUAGUUUUCGGGAGAUGCGAGUACCUACAAACAUACAGAAAUUCUUAAAAUCACAUUAUUAGCUUCUGCUGGUCUUAUAUAAAUUAAUUAUAUUUAUUAAGAAAAAAUAAAAAUAAAAUUACCCCCCAAAUCGAUUUUUGCCAAUAUUUUUCAAGUACAGACAUUGGUGAGUAACUAUACAUACAUUCGAGUUCAAAUGUUGUCAUUUUCAUCAUGAUACUAUUUUAAAUGCCGUAAAAAGAUUUGGCAAAGUUCUCUAUUCAAGGAAUUUGUGAUGCACUAAUUGUUGGUGUUUAUCCAUUACUCGCUUUCUACAAUGUCUUAUGAAGAGACGUAGUGGUCCGAUACUACCCUAGAAAUGGGGACUUUGACAGGAAUUGUUAAUUUUUUUGUUCAAAACACAGAUUUGAACUUAAAGACGACUUAUAUCUAUCUUAUGACGUGUUUAUAAAGUUGAAGAACCUUUGUCCAAAAAUUAAAAAAUGCUAACUAGUAUUUAAAAAAAUAAGAAGAAAACAUUCCCAUUUCAAAAAGCAGCACACAAAAUGACACUUUCAAAGAAAAAGUCAAACAACAAAAAAAUCAAAGUGCCAAAUAGUUAUGGUAUUUUUUCAAAAUUGCGGUGUAAUCAGUUCUUUAUUCGUUUUGCUCUUCAAAAUUGUUUGUGAGUUUGUUGAAUAUUAUUGUCCGAUGUAUAACAAAAGGUCUCCAACACUGACGAGCAUUCCGGAGAAGGCAGAAUGUGAUGAAGGGAAGAAAUGGGUCCCGAAGAAUAAGCAUGAGGUGUUGAAGGCUAAGUACAAGUGCCUGAAGAAGCUGUUUCAGAUUUACGAUGCUAGUGUUAUAGGAAUACUGCCAGAGCAAUGCGCAGAAGGUGAAUCUGUCGAAGAAGCAGAGAACCAUCGACAAUCCAAACGCAAGAGACGCUCCACGCGCACCAAGACCGACGCGUGCGCAGGCACAUCUGAGUUUUCUAACGGAGACGGGACCGAAGAGACCAGUUCCUUGGAGAAAGAAUCAACAAUAGCUACAGCGGUGAUGCGAGACCUGAAGCUCAACCCUUGCUCCUGCACCUCAACCCAGUUCGACACCGCCACGGUGUCCAAAUACGUGGACGCACACGAGUCCAGGGACAACGUGAGGAGGUUCGGCUGCGAGUGUACGCAGACCAGCGAGCCGCAGCCUCUUCCGUAUCUCAUGAUGCACGGGAGACCAAAGCUGACUAGGUUCCAAUGUUUUAUACAGAGAAUCUUCGGUAUCCGUCGCGACUACCGCACUUACUCUCCAGACGGGCACAUUUACGCAGCUAGCGACAACAACAUCAUGCACACUCUCGGCGAGAGACGACGUAAACGAGGACUAAGGUUUCGUCGGCUGCGGAGGCCGAAGAAGACGCAGAGCGAGGUGGAAUUGAGGAAUGUCAGGAGCCCAAUGAUACUGAAUUAUGUCCAGUCAGUGCAGAGGAAUUGCCUGAUGGACACGACGCCGAGGCAGUGCCCGUUCACGGGGUGCAGAAUGAUUUCUUACGGUAUCAUCAACUAUAACGACCAUCUUAACCUCUGCCACUUCCCCGAGCGCAAGUACAUCUGCCAUUACUGCCACGAGGGGUUCGACAAUGAGAACGACAAGUGUAUCCACGAAAACGAGCACUUGGGCAUCACCAAACUCAACCUGACCGCCACUGACUCAUCAGCAAGAGAAUCCACCAAAAAAGCAAGCAUAACCCAAACAGAUCCAGAACUUACCAAGUGCGAGGUCCACGAGGACAAAUUGAAAAAGAUUGUCUCAUUCUUCGACAAGAUCUCCGAUCCUGAUCAAGUUAUUUCGCAAUUGAAGAAAGAUAGAUUUUCAGAGUCCAAUUUACGUAGCACUAAGAUUGAAAGUACGGUAGAUAAUAUAACAAGUACAGACGGCGAGAACAGCACGGAUGGUGAAGGAGGGAAGAGGGCUGUUAGCUGCGUUAAUCUCAGGAGAAAGUUCGACAGAAGGCUGUGUUCGUCCACUGCUGACUCCGACGUGACCUCCAAGUCGGGGUCGCCUGUUUGCUGCAACUUCUGCGGAGAAAACUUUGACUUCAAACGUCAACUGAGCCUCCAUAUGGACCUGGAACACCGCACGUACGGCAAGUACUCGAAGUUUCACAGCUGUGCCGGAAUUAUGAACACCAAGUGUCCGUUCCACUCGUCCGAUACAGAGGAGAAUCUGCGGAGGAUCACCACUAGGUCCACGCUGACGGAAUCCAGGGUUUCCGAGCAGACUGUUACUAGAGAUCCGUCAACGAACGUGGUUUACACCAGGACGGACAUGAAGCCAUCCGUGAGCAGCUUUAUCGGGAGGGGGGGCUACCAGUGGGAGCCGGGGACCAAGAUUAUACGUGUGUGACUGUUAAGUAGUGUGCGUGUGUCCGUGUGUCGUAUCGUUUAAUAUUAUAUAGUGAUAAAGUACA